UCUCCACACUUCACCUCCACUCCCAAACACGGCCAGCCUACGACGCAAACCCUAGCUCUCUCUAUCUCUCCGCCGCCGCAAUGAACUGCUCAAUCUCCGGUGAGGUGCCAGAAGAGCCCGUGGUCUCUAAGAAGUCCGGCCUGCUCUUCGAGAAGCGUUUGAUAGAGCGACACAUCUCGGAAUAUGGAAAAUGCCCAGUCACCGGCGAAGCGCUCACUGCUGAUGAUAUUGUUCCGGUUAAAACCGGCAAGAUAGUGAGGCCCAGACCUGUACAAGCUGCUAGCAUCCCUGGCAUGCUCGGAAUGUUUCAGAAUGAAUGGGAUAGUUUGAUGCUGUCCAAUUUUGCUAUGGAGAAACAACUACAUACAGCAAGGCAAGAGUUAAGUCACGCUUUGUAUCAGCAUGAUGCUGCUUGCCGUGUUAUUGCAAGACUCAAAAAGGAGAGGGACGAAGCAAGAUCAUUACUUGCUCAGGCAGACAGACAAAUUCCCAUGUCAACCCCGGCCGCUGUUGUAGGGAACGCUCCUGUCCAUAGCAAUGGAACACAAGUUGCUAAUGACAAUUUGGGACCUGGUGUGAGGAAUAUGCACCCUGGGAUAUCCCCCAGUAUCCUGGCUGAGCUGACAGAUUGUAAUACAGCACUAUCACAGCAGCGAAAGAAGCGACAGAUAUCCUCCACUUUGGCUCCUAUUGAUGCUUUGGAGAGGUAUACUCAGAUAUCCAGUCAUCCUCUCCAUAAAACAAGCAAGCCAGGAAUUUUGUCGAUUGAUAUUCAUCAUGAAAGGGACAUCAUUGCAACUGGAGGGGUUGACACAAAUGCUGUAAUCUUUGAUCAACCGUCUGGCCAAAUUUUAUCUACUCUUGGUGGUCAUUCAAAGAAGGUUACCAGCGUUAAAUUUGUAGGUCGUGAUAAUCUGGUCAUAACUGGGUCGGCAGACAAGACAGUUCGCAUAUGGCAAGGCUCUGAUGAUGGAGACUACCACUGUAACCACACUUUGAAGGAUCAUACAGCUGAGGUGCAAGCUGUUACUGUUCAUGCCACAAAUAACUACUUCGUGACUGCAUCUCUUGAUAGUACAUGGUGCUUUUACGAUAUUACCUCUGGGUUAUGUCUGACACAGGUUGAGGAUACUUCAGCGUCUCAGGGUUACACAUCUGUGGCCUUUCAUCCUGAUGGUCUCAUCCUUGGAGCAGGUACCUCAGAGGCUGUUGUCAAGAUCUGGGAUGUCAAAAGUCAGACACGGGUUGCAAAGUUUGAUGGACAUGUUGGGGCAGUAACUUCCAUCUCCUUCUCUGAAAAUGGUUACUUUCUGGCGACUGCUGCUAGUGAUGGUGUUAAACUCUGGGAUCUGCGCAAAUUAAAGAACUUCAGGACAUUUACUCCAUAUGGUCCUGAUACGCCAACAAACUCUGUUGAAUUUGACUUCAGUGGGAGUUACCUUGCAGCUGCUGGCUCUGAUAUAAGAGUCAUCCAAGCUACUAGUGUCAAACAAGAAUGGAACACUAUCAAAACUUUCCCUGAUAUGUCUGGCACAGGUAAAGCAACUAGCGUAAAGUUUGGCCCGGAUGCCAAAUAUAUUGCAGUAGGAUCAAUGGAUCGAAAUCUACGGAUUUUUGGCUUGCCUGGCAAGGAUGUUGAGAUGGAGUCCUGAAGUGAAAGUGUUUAAAGUUGUCCCAUCUCUCAAGUGAACUGAUGUGGAAUCGCAGAUGUUAUUUGACUGUUAGCUAUUUGUGGGUGUGGACAGGGCUUUUGAAGCAAUUGUACUUAUGGGCAUUGUGCCUUGUAUUUCUUGUGUAGUGUCAGCUGAGUUUUAGACAUCUGUAGGGGGAAAUAUUAGAAGGAAAACCGAACGAGAUUGAGAUUAGUUUGAAUGCUCAAGAGAUUUUUCAUUAUCUUGGCAUCAUAUACUCUUUUAAUUGCUGAUGUUGUAGUACUGUAGUAAAAUUUACAUAUGUUAAGGAGAUUCUAGCCUUCUAGAGAUGUGGCCGUAUUUCA